AUGGCCACCCGCCGGCCCGCAGCACAGCAGGGCGAGAAGACCAUCGCGGAGGCUCAGGGCGGGCCGUCCACUGCAGACAUGUCCUCAGACACGACGCCCGCGGUGCCAGCGCACGUCAUCUACAAGCUCCUUUUCUUCACGGCGGCCAUGGUCUGCGUACCGCUCGGCUCCUACUUCUUCACGUUGAGUUUUGUCUUUCGAGGAAACGCAUCCUAUGCAGGAGGGUUUGCUGCUGUAAUGGCGAAUGUGGUCCUCAUCGGUUACAUUAUCGCCGCGGUCAAAGAAGACCAGUCGGACAAGAUCGAGGAGAAACGGAAAAAGGGCCAAUAG